UAUUUCUAUUUUUAAUUAUAUUAUUAUUGAAUUUUUAUUGCUAACAUAUAAUUAGCCUCGAAAUGUGGGCCUUUUUGGCUAAGAACAAAAAUGAUAUUAUUUAUUUAUCGCUUCUAUUGUUCAGUGUUGCGAUAGGACCGUAUUAUCGGUCCAUUAAUUCAAUAAAUGCAAAAAAGUGGGCUGGAACUGGACUUGGAAUUCUGCUCAUUAUUAUUGUAUCGGGAUAUAAUGCUGUACAUCCUAUUUUCUCAGCUCUUCUUGGAAUUUUAGCUAUUAAACUGGCGACCGUAAAAUAUUGUCAUGUGGUCACAUUCUUCCUCAUGUUUGGCUACCUGUUUUUCUUCAGGCUAUCUGAUAAAUUUGGUUUCCCAUUACCAUCAGGACAAACCAAUCUCAUUGAGAUGAUAAUUGUUCUUAGAGUUGUGGGAGUAGCAUUUGAAAUGAACGGGUCUUGGUUAGCGGUGGGAAAGGCUAAGAAAAAGAACGAAGAAAAUAAAAGUGAAGUAAAGGAGACAGACAAGGAUGAUGAAUUUUUGGAAAUAAUUAACCCUAAUCUUGAAGACUUAUUUCAUUAUUCAUUUACCUAUGUUGGGUUGCUUACAGGUCCUUACUACAGAUACAGGACUUUUGAUGACUAUUUUAACUUGCCCUACAGCAAGUAUGCAGAUUGCCGGGGCGCCACAAUUAACACACUGAAGAUGGUGCCUUUGUACAUAUUCUUGUACCUGGCUAUGUCCAACAUCUGGCCAUUAGAGUAUGUCCUAACUGAAGAGCACAAUAACCGAAACUUCAUCUACCGUAUGAUGUAUCCAUGGGUUCUGUUCGCCGCGUUCCGCCAACGCAUCUACUCCGGCAUGACACUGGCGGAGAGUGUGUGUACGUCAGCUGGCGUCGGGGCGUAUCCUGUGGAAGGCAGGAAUAGGACCGGACAUGGACCUACUGUUGGAUAUUUGAAGCUCAAACAAAUGACCGAGGAAGAGGCAAAAAAAGCUCAAUAUGAUUUCAAAACCAUGGAUUCUAUGGAUGUAUGGGGCUGUGAGACCGUGGAGACACUGCGAGACUCCAUGAAGGUUUGGAACAAGCCUGUGCAGUACUGGGUCGCUAUGGUUGUCUACAAGAGGUUCCCUGUUAAACCUCUCAAGAUUCAUGCAGCGCUGUUUGUGUCUGUGAUAUGGCAUGGAUUCCAUGCUGGGUAUUUUUUCUGCAUUUAUGCUUGCUCCUUUUAUUUGAUGGCCGAAGAUAUUUACUACAAGCUGUACUACAAGGAAGCCACUGGAAUGAAAAAGAAGAUAAUUGGAUUUGUGAUGUGGUUCUUAAGGUCCCACUCCGAGUCAUAUCAAGGGGCCGCUUUCCUUCUGCUCACCUUUGAUCGAAUCUGGAUAUACUAUUCAUCUAUGUACCACUACUGGUAUGGAGUGUGGCUCGCAUUCCUUUUACUGGGUAUUGUUUUGAAUAAAACACAAAAGCGUAAACUCAAGAAACUACAAGAGAAAUCAGACAAUAGUAUAUAGUCGGAAGAAAAACUAAAGGAAAAUUGAUAGAGAUUAAUAUCUCAUAGAGAUUUAGACAAAUUAUGAUUUUUGUAUAGGUCUAACCGUUUUUUUGACUUUAUUUUUGGUUUUUUUUAUGAGAUUGCUCAAGAAAUUGUUUUGGUAAUUUUAAGAUUUUUAUGUAUUUUUUUAAUUUUUAUUUUCUUUUAUAUCAAUAUCGAAUGUUGCAAAUAGUUGGUAAGUAACAAAUGAGAUUUUUAAAUUUGAGAUUGUUUCUGUAUACAGGCUAAAGCAAUGUCGACCAAUAAUUCUCUCCACUGAUAAAAAUAAAUGUUUAUGAAUUUAUAAAUCAUUGUUAAGUAAUGGUAGUAUUAGUCGUGAUAGUUUAUGAUACAGCAGCAGACACACUCGUAUAAAGAUGAAUCUGUUGCCAUGACAAUGUUUUUGCUGCUGUUUAUUUUACAUUAUAAGGGUUUUUAAGUACCUAGGGUAUUUGGUGUUAAUUAUAAUAAUUAUGAUUACUAUGUAGUUGCCGAGAUUCGAGGUCGGGGAUUUUAUAUUGUCAAUUUUGGAAGAUUCUAAAACAAGGCAACUAUAUCGAACUUCCAGAAUGCCAACGUCACACACCCAAUUAUCUCUCCUAGUCAGCAUGUUGAAAAGAGACCGGAAUGGGGUUAGCAUUAAAGGUUUUUAUAGAGGGCGCCACCAUGUGUUAUACGUGUUAUGCCUAAAUACCUAUUUUUUUUAUGAAAUAGGAGGCAAACGAGCAGACGGAUCACCUGAUGGUAAGCGAUUACCGCCGCCCAUGGACACCCGCCUAUCUCUAGUUCUAUGAGAUCUGGAACUUCGUAUACUCUUAUAAAAAAUUUGCUACUUUUAGCCUUGAAAUUAUAAAAUACAGUAAAUUGUCUGGGACGUAUACGGGACAAAGCAUACGUCAUACGAAAGGUUAAAGGGCUAGCAUCUGGGCCAUAAAAAAAACCGGCCAAGUGCGAGUCGGACUCGCGCACCAAGGGUUCCGUACUUUUUAGUAUUUAUUGUUAUAUAUAGCGGCAACAGAAAUACAUCAUCUGUGAAAAUUCCAACUGUCUAACUAUCACGGUUCAUGAGAUACAGCCUGGUGCCAGACAGACGGCCAGCGGAGUCUUAGUAAUAGGGUCCCGUUUUUACCCUUUGGGUACGGAACCCUAAAAACAAGUCAAUGGUGGUACAGAUUUCUUGAUGACUUAUGACGUUGUUGGUAUUCUGGAGGUUUAAUAUAGUAUAUGCUAAACUAAGUAAAUGGUUACAUUCCUAUUGCAUUCAUUCAACCCGUAACCACCAACAUAAAUAUUAUAGAUUUCUAGUCUUAGUUAUAAUGGCAAAUGAAUAAAGGUGUAUAUUUUAUUUAAAA